AUGGAGAAAGAUCAGACGCAACCUAAGGCGUUGGAAUCCAUAGACACAAACUCAUUAUCUCUGCUUUCUUACAAUACCAGUUCCAAUACGAAUAGCAACACCAAUAACAAGCUGAGCAUUAUUACUAGUGAUAUCUCUACAGGAUCUGUACUUUCCAGGCCAAUGACCCCUCCCAUAGUCCAAGACGUUGAAAAUAACUCCAUGUUACAAUGGCAAUUUGAGAAGAAAGAGUUUAUUUUUGACAGUAAUAGCACUCCUUCUAAGCAGGUAAACCCAUUGCAGAGGGCCUCCCCAUAUGAAAAUCAAAACCAAAGUACAAAUCAAAACCAACAGUUAUUCAACGUAAGGAAGCGUCGGUCACAACUGAUCGGUGCCAAACCUAAAGUUCCAUCUAAAUUGCACCAAUCUGUUUCCAAACUAGAUUUAAUCGAUGACAAGAACUUCACAUCAUUGCCAAUUGCGCCACCAUGUAAUAUGGAAAUUAAUGAAGAGGACAGUGAAAGUAAUGAAUACAACAGCAAUAAAAAACGACCCAGGUUGAACCCCAUAAAUGAACUCCGUGUGCAUAACAAUAAACGUAAUAGGUAUGUAAGUUACGGACCGUUGUUAGAUACAGGAAACGUUGAACUAGCAGAAAUUAUUUCUCAGGACACACCACCACUUGUCUUGGUUGAAGAUUACAUACCCUAUACCCACAAUAAAUCAACAAAAAAAAUGGUAUCUAUUUCUGAUUUGAAAUUAAAACUGAAUAAAAGAAGAGAUAGUCAUAUUCCACUAAGAAUAAAAAAUUCCUAUUCUGAAAUCAACAAGGAAAGUAAUAGAAAUAGUCUUGAACCGAACUCAUUAACGCUGAUACCCCAUAUUUUAAAGAAUAGUGGAGAGAAUACGGAUGAAAAUUAUAACCCUUUGAAUUUUAUCAAAGAAGAGAAUGAGAUGAUUAAUCAGUCCAUACCAAAUUCAAUUGAGGACAUGGUGGUUAAUCUUGUUAAUAUUCCAUCUUCAAACAAAAGUUAUGAUGAUCUCUAUCUGUCAGAGCUAAAUGUUCACUCUCAACUGAGAAAAUGCGUGAUCUGCGAGAAAGCACUGUAUGAAAUUAGUUCAAAGCUCUUGAAUACAGGAUAUUACAAAGAAAUUGUAUGUGAGCAGUGCACAGUAAGAUAUGAAGAAGCCGCCAAAAUUUUUGAAAACUGUGAAUUCGAAUCAUCUAUGGAUGAAACAAAUCUAAGCAGCGGCACUUUCAGUGAUCUUGAGAACUCAGCAGAAUCAUUUCAUUUAUCGACGGAUGCUCCAAUAAAAGUAAUCAAGCACAGAGAAAGUAAUAAGUUAAACUAUAGAGGGGAGCUAACAAAGAAAAAGGAUAGUUUCUCUAAAGAACUUAUAGAACGACUACAGUUGCAAUUACUAGAAAAUGACAUACCAGAUAAAAAUAGUUUGAAUAAAGAUGCAAUGGGUUCGAAAUCCAUGAAUUGGUUUUUGGAAGCAAGAAGAAAAUUGAAGUGGAAGUGGAGAAUAAAUGGCUUACUACCACAUUUCCUACGUAAUCAAAAUAGUGAUCGUUUAAAUUUCCAAUCCUGA